AUGUCUAACCGCCCAGUCAUAGGAGAAUGUCAACACGCUUUCCACAUGCAUUGUAUCUGGAAAUGGCUCGAAACAGAAACUGCCAAAGGUCUGUGUCCAAUGUGCAGACAACCGUUCACCAUGGAUAAAGAGAAAGAUGUCAACAAAGGCGUUAGUUUGCCAGACGAAAACAGAUACAUGGCUCAGGAAAACGACAAUUUUCUCACGGAAAUGGGUGAGCCUCAAAUCACCGACGCAAUGUCCGUUCAGGACCUUUCAGCGGGCGAUUAG